AUGACCAGCUACGUUUUCUUCCUACCAGAACUGGUGGAACGUAUCCUUAUAAAUCUUGACAUGCGGGAACUCCUCCUGGCCCAAAGAGUCAGUCGCCGAUGGAACGACAUCAUUCUCAGCUCCCCGACUUUACAGAACAAGCUCUUCUUCACACCAGCUCGCAUCUGUCCGCAGUCACAGGAGAACCUAGCGGUAGAGAUCAACCCGCUUCUGCUGGAGAUAUUCCCACCGUUCAUGGGAAACCUCAUAACUCUCGACUACGGCAAGGUUGAUGACAAUGAACACGGCACACGUUUAGUACAGCGCCUUCCACAUUCCGCCAACGGCAUCGAAAACUUGCUCCAGCAGGACUGGUACUGGCUUGAGGACAGAAGAGAGGCAAUUUUGCGCCCAGAUGCAUCCUGGCGCCGCAUGUUUCCUUCACACCCGCCGCCGCGGCUUGGGGAACUUGACAUUCAAUUACCUGGGUGCUCGUGUGGUAGUGAGGAAUUGGAUGGUAGAAUUAGUGAAAAACACCAAUCUUUUCACCAGGACACGGGGCCACGCAUGGAUCAUGUUUAUCAUCGCUAG